GCAUUGACGGCCCUUCUGUCAAAAAUGGCUGUGCUUUGGAAGAAGGAAAAAUGCUGAAUUGUGUUGGUACAGAUCGGGAAAAGCGGCAGACAUGGCUAGAUUGGCAGACUACUUUAUUGUCGUGGGAUAUGAUCAGGAAAAAGCCGGUUCAGGAGAGGGAUGUGGGAAGAUCAUUCAGCGAUUCCCCAAGAAGGACUGGGAGGGAACAGCCUUCCCUCAAGGGGUGGAGAUGUUCUGCCAGCCAGGAGGUUGGAAGCUGUCCAGGGAGAGGAAAGCCCCUACCUUCUUCACUGUUGUGUUAACAGAUAUUGAAUCAGACCGACACUACUGCUCCUGCCUCACAUUCUAUGAGGCUGAGGUCAAUCUGCAGGGAUCAAAAAGUAUUGAGGUUGAUGGGGAUGAAGAUGAAGAGGUGGAAGAGGAUGGCCUGAUCCAACCAGCCCAAGUGUUUGCUCCAAAAAGUCUCAUUCUCGUCUCGAGAUUGGAUUAUCCAGAAAUAUUCAGGGGUUGUUUGGGACUGAUCUACACUGUAUACACUGAUAGUUUGAGUUUUCCUUUGGAGGGUUUGGUGGCCAAUCUCUUUAUAUUCCAGGUUCCUGUGGCUGGAGGAUCACAGAAAUUGUUCAGCCUGGGAGCAGGUGACCGGCAGCUUAUCCAGACUCCUCUGAAUGACACGUUACCCGUCACAUGCAAGAGUGUUGCUCUGCUCUUCCAGCAGCUAGGUAUUCAAAAUGUUCUAAGCUUGUUUUGUGCGGUUCUGACGGAGCACAAGGUUUUGUUCCAUUCCACCAGUUACCAGAGGCUUGGGGAGGCAAGCCGCGCCUUGGAAGCCCUCAUGUUUCCCCUCAAAUACAGCUAUCCCUACAUCCCAAUCCUGCCGUCACGCCUGCUGGAGGUGCUGAGCUCCCCCACACCUUUUAUCAUCGGAGUGCACUCCAUGUUUCAGAGUGAAAUCCAGGAUCUGUUGGAUGUCAUCAUUGCGGACCUGGAUGGAGGAACAAUAAAAAUCCCAGAGUGCAUUCACUUGUCUCUGCUCCCUGAACCUCUCCUAAACCAGACACAGUCCGCCCUGUCACUGGUUUUGCAUCCUGAUUUGGAGAUUGCAGACAAUGCUUUCCCACCACCUCGCACUGCACCCUCCAACCUUAAGUUGUUGGACAAGGAGGUGAGGGCCGUCUUUCUCAGGCUGUUUGCACAACUCUUCCAGGGCUACAGGUCAUGCCUGCAGCUAAUUCGCAUCCAUUGCGAACCUGUUAUUCACUUUCACAAGACUGCCUUUCUAGGCCAACGAGGCCUCAUUGAGAACGAUUUUCUCACCAAGGUCUUGGAUGGUAUGGCCUUUGCUGGCUUUGUCUCAGAGCGCGGUCCGCCUUACAGAGCAUGCGAUCUCUUUGAUGAGCUUGUGGCCUUAGACAUUGAGCGUUUUCGUGAAGAAGAGCUCAAUCCUGCAAAGCUGCUCAAGCGAAUCCAGGACCUCUCCGAGCAGCUAUACAGAAAUGAAAACCCGAACCCCCACAUGGCAUUCCAGAAAGUGCCUAGACCAUCAGAGGGAUCUCACUUGCGGGUGCACCAGGUACCCUUCCCUGUGUUGUGUGACGACAAAGUGGAGAAAAUGCUGCAAGAGGGAGUGGCCAAACACAUCAACAUCCAUCCAUCGACAAGACCGGAGAAGAAAUGCGUUGUACCUGCUGGUCCUCCUGUCGUGUCCAUUUUAGGAAAGACUUGCUCUGUGUUUAACAGCGCUCGCAGGCUUGAGGUAGUUAAAAGCUGCAUUUCCUUCAUCUUUGAAAACAAGACCCUGGAGACAGAAAAGACUCUUCCUGCUGCACUUCGUGCUCUGAAAGGCAAAGCAGCUCGACAGUGUCUGACUGAUGAGCUUAGUCUUCAUGUCCAGCAAAAUCGGGCCAUACUCGACCACCAUCAAUUUGACUACAUCAUUCGAAUGAUGAAUUGUGCCCUUCAGGACUGUUCCAGCUCAGAGGAGUACACCGUGGCUGCUGCCCUGCUUCCGCUGUCAACUGCUUUUUACAGAAAACUGGUUGCUGGAGUGAACCAAUUUGCCUACACCUGCAUCCAAGACCACCCCAUUUGGACCAAUCAGCAGUUUUGGGAGGCCACUUUCUAUAGCGAGGUGCAGAGCCAGAUCCGAGCCCUAUACCUCAAUACCCCCGAAGAAAAGUGGAGCAUCGCUGCCAGGCUGAAGGAGGUGGGCACAGUGCCUGGGGUGGGCAGAGGAGAGGAUCAGACCGCUAUGGACCUGGCAGCUGAGCAGCUGCGCUUGUGGCCGAGCCUGAGCAAAGAGAAGCAGCAGGAGCUGGUGAAGAACGAGGAGAGCACCGUGUUCAGCCAGGCCAUCCACUAUGCCAGCCUCAUGGUCUAUCUGCUUGUUCCUUUGGACACCAGCAAGAACAAACUACUUCGCAAUACGCCAGCCACUGACUGGGAGAGCGGCAGCAACAGCAUCGUUACCAACAGCAUCGCCGGCAGCGUUGCCGAGAGCUUUGACACCGAAAGUGGGUUUGAGGACUCUGAGAACAGCGACGUGGCCAACUCGGUGGUCAGAUUUGUGGCUCGCUUUAUUGACAAAGUGUGCACAGAGAGUGGUGUAACCCAGGAACACAUCAAGAACCUCCACAGCAUGAUCCCAGGCGUAGUUGCCAUGCAGAUAGAGGCUCUUGAGGCAGUUCACAGGGAGAGCAGGAGGUUACCGCCCAUUCAGAAGCCUAAAAUUUUGCGUCCAGCGCUGCUUCCUGGAGAAGAGUUUGUGACGGAGGGGCUGAGGGUGCUUCUGGAUCCUGAUGGCAGGGAAGAAGCUACUGGGGGCCUAUUAGGGGGCCCACACAUCCUACCAGCAGAGGGAGCACUUUUCCUCACCACAUACCGCAUCAUCUUCAAAGGCAUUCCCCAUGACCCGCUAGUGGGGGAGCAGGCAGUUGUCAGAGCAUUCCCAGUUGCCACCUUGACCAAAGAGAAGAAAAUAAGCAUCCAGAACCAGCUGCAGCAAAAUAUGCAGGAGGGCCUCCAGCUGCGCUCUGCAUCCUCUCAGUUGAUAAAAGUGGCUUUCGACGAAGAGGUGAACUCUGAGGUGGUAGAGAUGUUCAGGAAGCACCUGCAGAGGAUCCGUUACCCGCAAUCCAUCUUCAGCUCCUUUGCAUUUGCUGCAGGGCAAACGCAGCCUCAGCUUAUCCUUCCAAAGCAAAAAGAGAGGAACACUGGAUUUAGAACGCUAUCCAAAACUAUUGUCAAGGGGGCCAAGAGAGCCAGCAAGAUUACAAUGGGCCGUGGAAGCCAGACCACACUGAAGAGGAGUGACAGAGGAAGCAGAAUGACCUGGCAUGAAGAUGAUGAUGUUUCAAUAUCAGAUGAUGGAGAGCCACCGCCCAGCAGCACUUUGAGAGCGUCUGAGAAGUCCACCAUGGAGCAACUGGUCGAGCAGUCGUGUUUCCGUGACUACCAGCGACUGGGCCUUGGCACUAUUACGGCCAGCUCAUCACGCUCCAAGUCGGGCGAGCACUUCAGGAUCACAGCUGUCAAUAGGCUUUAUUCUUUGUGUCGCAGUUACCCAGGGCUACUGGUGGUUCCCCAGGCCAUACAAGACAGCAGUUUACACAAAGUGGCGCGUUGCUACAGACACAACCGCCUGCCAGUUGUGUGUUGGAAACAUCCUCGCACUAAAGCUGUGCUCCUGCGCUCAGGAGGCUUCCAUGGCAAGAGUGUUGUGGGCUUGUUUAAGUCACAGAACCCAUCUUCAACAGCGCCUGCAUCGUCCUCUGAUUCGUCCAGUAGCCUUGAACAAGAGAAGUACCUGCAAGCCAUCCUCAACUCCAUCCCUAUUUACUUCAAGAUGAACGGCCAUAACACACUGUCGAACCGCUCCAUCAUAGGCCUUUCACCAGGCAGCGAAAGGAGAACAUCCAGAAUGCCAAAGAUGGCCCCUGUCCAUUUAGACAUUCCAUUUUCAAACAGCUUCACAAGAGGAGUGCUUGAGUACAGAGAUAAACUAUUCACUCACUCAAACCAAAAAUCUACCAGUAAGCAGCGAAUCCACAACCAAGGCAUGUGGGCCAGCCUGCGCUCCAGCAGCAGGCUCAGCCAGCACACAUCCACAGCGGAUGUGGGUGCCAGACUAGCAGGGAAGGAUUUGGCGCCCCCUGCAGGGAGUAACAGUCUACAGGCUCAGCUGCUCAAACAGCAAGCUGCCCUCUACAUCUUUGGUGAAAAGUCGCAUUUGAGGGGCCUCAGAGUAGACUCUUCUCUCAACUGUGAGCUGGUGCCAGUGGACUUUGCAGACACGAGGCAAGUGAAAAGCUCCUUCAAGAAGCUGCUGAGGGCCUGUGCUCCCAGUGUCACCUCUUCUGACUCUGAGGACUCUUUCCUCAAAGUUUUGGAGGACUCUGAAUGGAUCCCGCAGCUUCACAAGAUUCUGCAGCUGGCUCUCAUUCUGGUGGAGCUUCUGGACAGCGGCUCAUCUGUGCUGCUCAGUUUGGAGGAUGGCUGGGACAUCACCACGCAAGUUGUGUCUUUGGUGCAACUGCUGAGCGAUCCCUUCUACCGCACUCUGGAGGGCUUUCAGGUGCUGCUAGAGAAGGAGUGGCUCUCCUUCGGCCACAAGUUCAGCCAAAGGAGCAACCUGAGUCCCAGCAGUCAGGGCAGCGGUUUUACGCCCAUUUUUCUGCAGUUCCUGGACUGCGUGCACCAGAUUUUGUUGCAACAUCCCUUAGAGUUUGAGUUUAAUCAGUACUACCUGAAGUUCCUGGCCUAUCACCACAUCUCCAACCGCUUCAAGAACUUUCUUUUGGACUCCGACUACGAGCGCCUGGAACAUGGCUUGUUGUUUGAUGAUAAGGGUGACAAGCAGGCGAAGAGAGGCAUCUGUAUCUGGGAGUGCAUCAACAGGAUGCACCGAAGGAGUCCAAUCUUCUUCAACUAUCUGUACAGCGCAUCAGAGAGCCAAACCAUCCUGAAGCCCUCAGUUGGCAUCCCCAGUCUAACUAAGUGGGACUUCUUCAUGGAUGAGACCCUGUCGACGGGGCCAUGUUAUGACUGGAGGUUGAUGGCAGUUAGGGCGGACUACUCAGAGGAACCUCAGACCAUCUCUAGCAGCAAGAGGAGGAUUGUGUGGCCUUGUUACAGCAGCGUGACCCGAGCUCAGCCUGACGCCAUCACCAAACUGCUCUCUGACAUGGAGAGGCUGGAAGGAGAGGUGAACCAGACCUCUGAGACAUGGCAGACCACUCUGGACCGAGUGUGUGUCAGCAUCCAGGAAGACAUCAAACAAGAAGGAAUUCAGCUCGGCAAGCAGUCGCUGUCCAUUUCCGGCCUGAUUCCCACGUCCAGCCUACAGGCACUCCACCGACGCUCGAUGCUGCACCUGCCAGACAGCGGGCUGGCUGAAGACCGAAGCACAGCCACCUCCAACGGAAUCAACCGCCGCGCUGCUACACUUUACAACCAGUUCACCCCCAAGAGUGAGGAGAACAGGUCGUACGAGGGCAUCCUGUACAAACGUGGAGCGCUGCUGAAAAGUUGGAAGCCUCGCUGGUUUGUGUUGGAUGUCACCAAGCACCAGAUGAGGUACUAUGAAACUGGCGAGGACACCAACUGUCGAGGUCACAUCGAGCUGGCAGAGGUGGAGUCUGUGAUCCCGGGGGCACCGACAAUUGGGGCGCCCAAACACAUCAGUGAAAAGGCUUUCUUUGAUCUGAAGACAAGCAAAAGGGUAUACAACUUCUGCGCGGCAGAUGCGGCCAGUGCACAGCUGUGGAUGGACAAGAUCCAGAGCUGCAUCUCUGACGCCUGAGAGCCGCGUCUCCACAAGCAAGGACUCGGAAAGUGGCUGCUAGCGGGAAAAAACACUCUCAAGUCUGCACUGCACUUCUCUUGGAGGGGGGGGGGAGUUCUUUUUAACAUUCAUAAGCAAUAAGACACUGGGAAGUUCUAUUUUACUACCAGGUGAUUUUACUGCUGAAUCAGCAAAUCAGCUCAGAGAUGUUUAAUACUAAUAGUUUGCACUUGGAGCUCCCAACGGAAGGCAUUGUUACUAUUAGCUUCUUUGUGACCUUUUCCUACUGCCGGGUCACGUGUUCAAUUCCAAAAAAAAAAAAAGACACAAUUUGCACAACCAGUUGAAAAGUUAUCUUAGGUUAUUAUUCUAUUUAAUGUUUUCUCGAUUUUCUAUGUUGAAUGUCCAUCAAGGCUUAACGAGUAUGUCUCGUGUUUUGUAAAUUAUUUUUUUAUCAUGACUUUGUGUAAAUAUUGUUUGUUUUGUGACCUUUUCUAACCUUCCUGAAGUGACUAAUAAGUGUUUUUAAAAGUGAACUGAUACCCGAGUGGCCUGUUCUUGUUUGUUGACAUCUUGUUUUUUUAAGGGCUUUUACUCAAGAAACAAAACAAAUAUGUAAGUAAUGCAGCUUUUACACACAAAAAGAAAAUGAAGCUAUACAAAGAUAUCUUUUUUUUAUUGUUGUUGUUGCUGAAUCUUUGUGCCAAUGUUUUUUGUGCCGACACUAAUUUUUAUGGAAAUAAAUCAGACAUACUUGAAAGUCACAACUUUUGUUUGUGUAGCUGACACUCGUAAAAGUUGUCACGAAUAACCUCUAACAAUAAAAGACCACUUUUAUAAUGA